AUGAUUUUAUUAUGGGUUGUAUUAUUUUUACCCAUUAUUAUGGCUAAUAAUUUUAAACGUGUUUCACGUAUUGUUUAUUCUUCCGUUGAAACACAAGGAUUUCUUUCAUGUAAUGGUAAACCAGCAAAAAAUAUUAAAAUUGCUCUUUUAAGUAAAAAUGUUUUAAAUAGAACUUUAACUUUGAAUCAAACAUUAACUGCAGUUAAUGGUGCAUUCUUGAUAAGAGGAUGUGCAAAUAUUUUUCAGGGAUUAAAGUUAAAUAUUGGAAUUGCUCAUCAAUGUAAUGAGCCUAAUAGAUAUUGUUUUCACAUUAUUAAUUUUUUAAUACCACAAUCAUAUAUUUCACGAAAUAGAUUUCCGUUCAGGCGAUAUAAUUUUGGUAUAAUUGAACUUGACAAAGUUUAUGGUACUCAACAUGUUAAUUGUAAAAAAAGUAUAAGAAAAAAAGUGUUUAAAUCAAGUAUGAAAUUAUAA